AUGGCAUAUCCAAUGCCCUGGCGGCCGCAGCACUCGCCACACUCGCCGCCCAUCACGCCGCAUGUGCCGCAUGCAUCCCAUGCGCUGCAUGGCGCGCCGGGUGCACCGCAGGCGCAUGGCUUGAAUGCCGAACGACCGCCUGUGCCGCCUGUGGCCGCUGGGAACGGCUGGCCAUCGCGACCCUUUCCGCCACCUGCGCAGCAGCCUGCAGCACAUCCGCCGCGUCAGGCGCAGCAUUCGCAGCACCCAGCGCCGCAGUUGGUGCCUCAACCAGCACCACAGUCUGCACCAGCCGCUCUACAUGCACAAAGGACCUUCGAUUCAGCUCGUGCCCUCAACGGAGCGCGAAUGCCUAUGGUGCACACGAGUGGACAGCAAGCUAUGGUGGGAGCAAGCCAGGUUUCGAGGCCUGUAGCUGUACAGAUGGGAAGACCGACGAGCCAGGCGCUGUCGAUUCCGUUUCUUUGGAUGGCAGUGCCGACAGCACGGCUGCGAACCCCUCCACAGGACGUGGGGCACCUUGCGGCGCUCUCCACGCAGCAGUUGGUGGAUUUCUGCCAUUCUUUGCAUCGUCAGACGGAGUCCAAGAAGCAAUUGCUAGCAGAGUAUGUCAAAGAACAAGGCAAGCUCCUGAAGGAACGAGAAGUACUGCAGAACCGGAAAGAAGGCUUGUUGCGAUCACUGGCAGGUGCAACAUUUGCCGAUUCGAUGAUUCCUGGCCAGCAGAUGACAGUUAUGGCAACAGUCCUUUCUGCCCCGAGUCUUGCAGCAGCACAAGACAUGACAAGACAGGUGGAGCAAACCGGUGCUGCUCCACCUCCACCCAAGCCCAUGUCACUUGGUCCACCGAAUGCUGAAGCAAAAAUUCAGGCAGCACCCUCACAGGACAUGACCUGCGCAGCCUUAGAGUCCUCAGUCACCAAAGAGACGACGUUUGCUUCGCCGUCAGUGGACACAUGUGAAAAGCGUCCGGAGAAGCAUGACUUGCGCAGUCCAGUGCAGAUGAUCCGACCUGAAGAAGUUUCAUUGGCAAGUCCGGUGCCGCCCAAUCCGGAGUCUGCAGAGUCCCAAGUGCGCCACGAGGCAGCAACGAGUCCAUCCACUUUCGCUCCCGAAGUCCACGCGCCUCGCGACGUCGAAGUGCACCCGGCCCCAACGCACCCAGUCCGUCCGGACCCGUCCGAAGCGGUCCCCCGGACGGCCGUCCAGCCGGCCGGGGCGGUGUGGGCCGUGGAGGGGUCCGCCGUCUUCGCCAAGCCUCAAGCAAGAUCAGCCGAAGCAGAGAGCACAGUCGAAGUAAAGCCUGAGACGGACGCAGCUGCAGAGCCUGCAGAGCUAGAGCUGCUACAGCAGCCACAGCAGCUGCAAUCGGAGGCAGCUUCCAACACUGCUUUCUCACAACCGAGAAUGAAACCAGUUGAGGAGUUCUUUUCUCUCCGAGCCGCCUUCGUGGCAAACACGCCCGAAAGCAAGGUGGACUUGGUCCCAUGCAGUGGCGAUGCUGCGGCCGGUGUAGGUGCUAAAUCGGACACUGAGCAAAUCAAGGUCAUGUCUCCUUCCUAUGGCAGUCUGGAUGGAAGCAGCGUCUUACCUGAGAGCGAGACGAUGGGGCAAGAAAGAACAGAGGCCAUGCAGAUCAACAUGCCUGAAGAACUCAUGGCGCGCGUGGAAGACACCAACAUUCGGCUCACCUGGUUCUUCGACGAGGAUUUGCUCGAGCGUUUGGGACCUGAGAUCACCUUUGAAAUCCGUCAGCAGUCCGAGGGCAUUGGAGGUCGCUUGCGUGUUCGUGAACACUGGUGUUCAGCCGUUUACUUUGCCAAGGGUGAGGCAGUACAGGAGCAGAGCUAUGUGAUUGAGGGCUGUGCCCCUGGCAGACCGUACACCUUCAGUCUCCGAGCCCGAGUGCCGUGUCCUGGUGGAGUCCAAUUUUCGGAGUUCUCUGACCAUGUCAUUGCUUCGGUACCAGGAGGCAAAAACGUGGCAUCGCUGUGCUCAACAGAAGCCUCAGUGGAAAUCAAAGGUGAAGGCACUCUUCAAGAGAUGGUCACUGCUCCAACGACUCUUGCUGCUUGGUAUAACGCCAAAGAGCCAGGUCUUUCAGGCACUGAAGCCUGCCGUGCAGAUGCUUCGCGAGCAGGUUCAGGUACCUCUGAAGCCUGA